AUGUUGUCAGUGACAAGAAUUGGCUUGGCCCCAGUUUUGGGCUAUUUGAUUAUUGAAGAGGAUUUUAAUAUUGCACUAGGAGUUUUUGCUGGGGAGAACUUAACCGACUGAUUGGAUGGAUUUAUUGCUCGAAACUGGGCCAAUCAAAAAUCAGCUUUGGGAAGUGCUCUUGAUCCACUUGCUGAUAAAAUACUUAUCAGUAUCUUAUAUGUUAGCUUGACCUAUGCAGAUCUUAUUCCAGUUCCACUUACUUACAUGAUAAUUUCGAGAGACGUAAUGCUGAUAGCUGCUGUUUUUUACAUCAGAUACCGAACUCUUCCAACACCGCGAACCCUUUCUAAGUAUUUCAAUCCUUGCUAUGCCACUGCUAGGUUCAAACCAACCUUCAUCAGCAAGGUAAACACAGCAGUCCAGUUAAUCUUGGUGGCAGCUUCUUUGGCAGCUCCGGUUUUCAAUUAUGCUGACAGCAUUUAUCUUCAGAUACUGUGGUGUUUCACAGCUUUCACCACAGCUGCAUCAGCUUACAGUUACUAUCAUUACGGUCGAAAAACUGUUCAGGUGAUAAAAGGCAGAUGAAAGUCAUCCAUCGUCAUUAGUGAGGAAGCGGUAUACGUCGUCGGUGGCAGGGCGAGGGGAAAGCUACAGGAGCUUCCGUAGUUUGGGGUUCAGCUUGAAAAAGGACUUGUCAGAACAAACCAUGUCAUCAAAAUUUAAGUAAUGUGCUUUGAAAAUAAGCUUGAUCAUGGGCAUAUGCAGAAUUUCCAAUGUAUUUUUAAAUACAAAUAAAACUAUAAUUUAGAAUUUUUUAUCUUAGGUUUCUUGAUUAAUUUAUAAGGUACCAAUUAUUCCAAUUAUCGUCAGUCACUUUUUAACGCAUUUUUAAGAAACCUAGUCUAAAGCAUGGAAACUGAAGUUGCCACUUCUGUUUAACAGAAUUUAGAUGGCUUACAAAGCACUAGGGGAUUUACUGGGUUUAAGUAUCUAUCCGACACAACUUGGCUACACAGUCUUAUGUUUGAUUUUUAGAACUGUGUACACAUAAUAGUUUUUGUGGUUAAUAUUUGAUCAUUUAGGAUAAUGACGAUAAAGGUAGCUUAGUUGUGGAUGAAGUAAACUUGUAAAGAUAUUUAAAAUGCAGUAAGUUUUGAAAAUAACAAGAUCACAACAGAAGGUAUUGAAGUUCAAGUUCAGUAGUCUUCCAACCUCUCAGGUGCCUAGUAGUCUAUGUAUCAGGAUAGCAAGUGACAAAGGUGGUUGAAAUAUGAAAGCAUGUCCAUUAGCUUACACCAUCCAGGAGGCAGUGAGUUAUAACAUGCCUUCUGCUGUUUCUAACAUAGCAAUGUUUGUAUGAUGUUGGAACCUGUACUCACAUGUUAUGUAAAUAAUAUGAAACUGUAUAUUUUUCAAAGGUUUUUUAAAUUUUGGGGUAUCUUUUGUUAAGAUAUUAAAGGAAUAAAAGAGCUGGAAAAGUGC